GUUACGUCACUCAGCAUGGCGGCGCUGGCUAGGGUCGUGAGCUACAGCGGUGGGUCCUGGUUGGUGGCACGCGCCGCCACUUGGCUGAACUCUAGUGUCCCUGCACGCGGGCAAUUGAAGCUCAUGGUGCAAGUUCAGGGGACCGGCCAAAGGGGGCGCCAGUACAGCUCCGAGGUGAAGGGCGAGGACGAGCUGAGGGUCAGAUACCUGGAGGGAGAGGAGCAAGGAAUUGUUGUGCUCGGAGUUAACAGACCUCAAGCAAAAAAUGCUAUAAGUAAAAGUUUGGUGAAAUCGAUGAUGAAGACGGUAGAAUCCUUGAAGGGCAAUAACAAAGUCCGAACUGUAAUUCUGCGCAGUGAAGUCCCUGGAGUGUUUUGUGCAGGAGCUGAUCUAAAGGAAAGGGCCAAAAUGCAUCCAAGUGAGGUUGGACCAUUUGUAACGAAGGCAAGAGCACUAAUGAAUGAAUUUGCAAAUCUCCCAAUGCCCACAAUUGCGGUUUUGGAUGGCAUUGCCUUAGGUGGAGGACUAGAGAUGGCGUUGGCCUGUGACAUUAUAGUAGCAGCAUCUUCAGCAAAAAUGGGUCUGGUUGAAACAAAACUGGCUAUCAUUCCUGGAGCAGGGGGGACCCAGCGACUACCACGUACGAUUGGUGUAGCUCUGGCGAAGGAACUCAUCUUUGCUGCACGUGUCCUAGAUGGCAAAGAAGCAAAAGAAUUUGGGUUGGUUAGUCAUGUAGUGGAACAGAAUGAUGAUGGAGAUGCUGCUUAUAAAAGAGCUUUGGCCUUGGCCCGAGAAUUUAUACCUCAGGGGCCUAUAGCACUGAGAAUGGCUAAAUUAGCAAUAAAUCAAGGGAUCGAAGUGGACCUAGCGACAGGUUUAGCAAUAGAAGAAGCAUGUUACGCUCAGGUCAUUCCAACAAAGGAUAGGAUUGAAGGUUUACUAGCAUUUAAAGAGAAGAGGCCUCCUCACUACAAGGGAGAAUAAGAAAUGCAUUACUUUGCCUUUAAAGAAUAUAGUUUAAAAAAAAAUAUAACAUAAUAUUUGGACUUUCAAGCUAUGCAUCGCCUUAGAACAUGGAAUUUCACAACCAUGGAAAUACAAAGUAAACAGUGAAUGCAUUACACCAUCUGGAAUGUGCCCACACAUGUACCUGACAUAACUAUGUCUUUCAGAUAUUUUGCUUAGUUUAUGAAGUUGCCUGUGCCUACGUGCAAGGUCACAGGUUCAUUAGCUGUUUUCAGUUGCUUCCAGUGUAACACGCUCCUUCCUAUUCAUUACAGAGUAGUAGCCUGCACAGGAAGAACUUUGAUUUUUGUUUGUGUUUGCUCUACAUUGUACAAUCGGAAGUACAAGUGCUAUAAAAUGAAGCCAUAGACAGUUCAUAUUGUAUGGAAUAUCUGCUGAUAGUACUAAUUAAAUGAACUGCAAUAAUUUCAGUCACAAAUGUAAUGCACACAUAUGUUUAAUAUCAAUAAAAACUGAUUAAUCAGUGCAA